CUCUCUCUCAUACAUAGUCUCCACCCCUACACCGUCCCAACCCUUUCUCUCUCACACACAGUAGACACAUAAAAGUGCAGUAGAUAUUCUUUGGGGAUUUCACAGUUGAUAGCAGCCCACUAUUAGUCUAAUAUCCCAGUCAUGGAGGAGGGAUACAGAAUUGACCUGGACUACAUCACGGAGCGCAUCAUCACCGUAUCCUUCCCCCAGGCAUGCCCUGACCAGACCUACCUCCAGAACCUGCGUGACAUCACACAGAUGCUCAAAUCCAAACAUGGCCACAACUACAUGGUGAUCAACCUCUCAGAGAAGAAUGAUAGCCUGACCCAGAUGAACCCAAAGGUGUUGGACACGGGCUGGCUAGACCUGCUGGCCCCAUCCAUGGAACAGAUGUAUGGUGUGUGUAAGACCAUGGAUAACUGGCUCCACUCACACACACAGCAUGUUCUGGUCAUGCACUGUCAGGGUGGUCAGGGCAGAGUUGGGGUGAUGGUGGCCUCCUACAUCCACUUCAGCAGCAUAUCAGCCAGUGCAGACCUGGGUCUAGACCACUUUGCCAUGAGAAGGUUCUACAACAACAAAGUAUCUUCCCUGAUGAAUCCCUCGCAGAAACGGUAUGUGUGGAUGUUCAGCAGUCUGCUGAAGGGAGUUAUGAACAUGGAUCCCUCUCCUCUCUUCCUCCUUUGUGUGGUUCUUCACGGCGUUCCCAACAUCAAUUCUGAGGGAGGAUGUCGUCUGUUCCUGAGAGUGUACCAGAGCCUGCAGGUCGUCUGUACUUCAGCAGUCUAUCACGUGCGAGCAGUGCAGACAGACAGAGUUUACUUUGUACUGCAACCAGCUCAACUGCUGAAGGGAGACAUAAUGGUGGUGUGUUAUAAUAAAAACCACCAGACAGCCAGCCGAGAGGUCAUCUUCAGGCUCCAGUUUCACACUGGCAUUAUCCACGGUCGCCCCCUGCUUUUCCCCAAGGAAGACCUUGACACAGCUUAUAUAGAUCCUAGGUUUCCAGAUGAUGGGAAAGUUGAGUUGGUGUUCUCUGAAAGUCCUGAAAGGAUGCCAGGCAGUGGUCACUGGCAAAACGGACCCUCUGUCAUCGUGGACUACGAUACCUGGGACCCCCUGGUUCGACGGGACUCCUAUGAGUACAUCUCUCCAGAAGGACUAGCUCUGCCUCGUAGCCCGGGCCCUGUCGAUGGCAACCUAUCCGCCAGAGUAAGGAAGGGAAGUAGUGACGAAGGAUCUCCGUUUCACCUGGCAACCAGCUGCCCUAUCCCCAGUGACCUUAAACUGUCAUCCAGCAAAGACUCAGGCCUCUCUAUCGCCUCCCAGAGGACCGGAGGUAUUACUGCAGUGAGCCCCAAGAGAGGGCCCAGUCAGGACGAACUUACCCAGCUCAGGCGGCUUCUAUCUGGUGUCGGCCUGGAACCUCAUCUGGAGGACAUAACUGACCUCCCAGCCUCCUGUAACGCGGUGAGGGAGAUGGAGGGGGAUGAGGCUGGGUUAGGGCAGCCUGUGAAGGCCUCUCCUAGCGAGAGGGAGUCAGACAUCCUUUAUGAUGACGAGGUUAGCCCCGAGGCUAGCAUUGGCUCGUUCUCCUCUGAGAGCAUACCUGAAGCCCAGGGAUUGGUCCAGAGUGGAAGUGGAUACUCCACCCCUUCCACCCAAUCAUGGGUGCAGCAGCAGCAGAUAGUCGUCAGGGGGCAGGACAGCCCUGUGGAUACACUUUCACUGAUUGGUCCAAACACCUUGUCACUUCCAGACAUGCCCAAUAGGGGGAGCGGCAGUAGAGAGUCAGUGAAGAGAGGAGUGGAGGGAGGGGUGGGGUCGCCUGUACAGACAGACAGUCACACACACGCCUCACACACCACCCAUACACCGUUGCCCUCAGGGGAACCUUGCGGGCAGGAGGAGCUUGCCUCGUUAGCCACAGACAUUGAUGAGUCCAUCGAGCAGCUUAACCAGCUGAUCCUAGAUCUGGACCCCACCUUCAUACCUGUUCCCACCCGACACACCCCCCUCCCCCUUGCUCUCUCCACCUCCCUCUACACCAAUGGUAACAACCAUACGACGACACAUGCCAACGCCAGCCAAUCAGGCUGGAAGCACAGACAGGACAGUGAUGUCACUGAUUACGCAGGAUUCUACAGUCCUGGUUGGGGCCGAGCCCAGACAUUCCAGGACGCUCCGAUCUACAGGCCCAACCUACCUCCCUCCCAGUGUGGUCGUCUCUCCAGGAUGGACAGUGUGGACUAUGAAGGACAGACUCCAGUAACGGACAGCUGUGACAUAGUCCCGUCCACACCAGCAUUUCCUAUCUCUCCUCCAACGCCCUAUGUGAAAAGUUUCCCAGUGUUCUCUUACUUGAGGCCAGGAGAAGGACAUUGGGAGAAGAGCGGAAUAUCACAAGAUUCCCAGAGUUUCCUGGACAGUAGUAUGAACCAGACUCCAGUGUCGUCGGAAGGACAGCAGUUCCGCUCUGAAAUGUCUGUCACUACCGCCUCCUGUCAGAGAAUGUUCGGAUCCAUGCGCUCUGUAUCGUCAGGCAGCUCCUUCCCACACACAGACAGCCAAACUCCACCUCCAGUGUGGCUGGACAGGACUCCAACGUCCCUGUCUUCCCUGUCUCCUUCCCCCUCUCUGUCACCCCUCAGUCUCCCCAAUGCCCACAGCUCUCCCUGGGAGGCCCCGAGAGGCCUGGAGGGGUCUGUGGACCUGAGCCGUGAUGAGAGGAGCAAGGGGUACCAGAGCCAGGGGGAUUUAGCCUCUCUGCUGCUGGGGAAUGGUGGUCUGGGACUGGAGCACAGCCUGUUGAAGGCAGUGGAGGGCCUGGGGGACCUUGAUUUAGGCCUGAACCUGGGUCUGGACCUGGGGCUUGGAGAGGGCAGACUGGGGGGACUACCACCCCUGCUGCCUGAGAAGAGGGUACCGGGGCUAGGCUUGGGUGGGUCGACUUCCCCCUCGUUCAGUGGGUUCUCCAGCCCCCACAGUGGUAGUAGUCUCAGCAUCCCCUUCCCCUCAGCUAUGACCCCUGACCCUCUCAUGACCUCUGACCAUCUCAAAGGACUCAGCGCUGGUGGUGUAGCCCCCUCGCCUGGAUCAGACCUGUUUGCCAGUAAGCAGCACACUGUGAAGUUUGUUCAGGACACAUCCAAGUUCUGGUACAAGCCUGACAUCUCCAGAGAUCAAGCUAUCACUAUGCUGAAGGACAGAGAACCUGGAUCUUUUGUCGUCAGGGACAGUCACUCAUUCCGCGGAGCCUACGGAUUGGCUAUGAAGGUGGCCACACCCCCUCCCUCUGUCCUGACACAGAGCAAGAAAGUGGGAGGGGACCUGUCUAAUGAGCUGGUGAGGCACUUCCUGAUUGAGUGCACUCAGAAAGGGGUACGGCUUAAGGGCUGUCCCAACGAACCCUACUUUGGAAGUCUGACUGCAUUGGUCUGUCAACAUUCCAUCACCCCCUUGGCCCUGCCCUGCAAACUCAUCAUCCCCGACAGAGAUCCUCUGGAAGAGACUAGUGAGCCAUCAACACAGUCAGCCACCAACUCUGCUGCUGAGCUACUCAAACAGGGAGCAGCCUGUAAUGUGUGGUUCCUGGGCUCAGUAGAGCUGGAGUCUCUAACAGGGUACCAGGCUGUGCAGAAGGCAGCCAGCCUGAUUCUGGCCAUGGACCCUCCUUCUACCUCCACUGUGGUCCACUUCAAAGUCUCAGCCCAGGGCAUCACCCUCACCGACAACCAGAGGAAGCUGUUCUUCAGGAGACACUACACUGUCAAUACAGUCAUAUUCUGUGCUCUUGACCCACAGGAACGCAAGUGGACAAGAGAUGGCUGUUCCACUGCUAAGAUCUUUGGUUUUGUGGCGAGGAAGUCGAUGAAUGGGACGGAGAACGUGUGUCACCUGUUUGCUGAACACGACCCCGAACAACCCGCCAGCGCCAUCGUAAACUUUGUCUCCAAGGUGAUGAUUGGCUCACCGAAGAAAUAACACAUGCAUGAAUUCACACACACACACACACACACACACACACACACACACACACACACACACACACAUACAUUGUUUGUCCUGCUGGUACAUACAGCACUAGAAUGCUGAUGUAGAAGAGAAGGGACUAAUGUGUUGCAUUAUGGGAUACUACCUGCAGAAGACAGUAGCAACAACUUUACGCUACACACCAGGGGCCUCAUUUAUUGACAUUGCAUAUACACAAAAUUUGCCCCAAAAUCUGCAUGCACCAGUUCUCAACAAAAGUUAUCAUUUAUAAAAACUUGAUGUGAGAAUGUGAUCACCUCGCCGCAAACUUUAGAACAUGAACAUCUGCUAGUGGUUGAAAUAUUGUAUUACAAGCUGGAAAGUAAGGAGUUUGUAACGGUCUGUUGACAGGUUCACAGCAAUUUGCUAGUGUUUUCUCUUUCAGAAACGGACUGACAGUCCUUUUCCAGAUACACCAUAAAUUACAGCAAAAGAUUAAAACAUCAUGCCAACACAGUAAAUAGACUGGUAGUUUAUGUAAAUGGGUAUAGGUUACAGUAUUGCUGUUCGAUCGGAGCGCGACAUCAUUGCGUAUUUAAUCUCAGAGCAUAUACCAAGGCAGGACAUAGAAACCCAAUAAUCUAUUGAUAAACUAAAUAUUGAGCAACAAUUAUUGUUUUGCAUUCUGUGGCCUAAUGCCAAUUGUUCCAAAUUAUACCUUAACUAAUGGGUGUUAUGGUCACCCUGAAGGGUGGAUGGAGGGCGUUUUUCAGGCAGUUUUAAUACUCGUUCACACACAGUUCUAAAACUGUGCCUGCGCCAAAUUGAUUAAUGUCAAUAUUACUGUACAUGUGCAGACUUUUCAGAAAUGGGUCAUAUGACAUCUAGUGUGAAUGUAUGCAAUGGUUAUACAUGAGGCCCCAGAGGUGUACUGUAGGGUGAUGUUGCCCCCUAGACACUGAUCUUGGGUCAGUUUAGCAUUUCCCCCACUAAUGGUUAGGAUUGGGGGAAGGGAAAUCUGAUCUGAUCCUUUAUCUGUUACUAGGAUAAGCUUUACCCUGAAGCACAUUGAGGACUUAAAAAAAUACUUUAUUAAUAUAACUUUUUGUUAUCAGAGGAGGCUGAUGGGCAGAGAUCACUGUAAUGGCUGGAAUGGACAGGUAUCAAACACAUGGUUUUAUUACAAUGAGCCCGUCCUCCUUUAUCUCCGCCCAACAGCCACCACUGCUGUUUGUGUAUAUAUAGUCAGGAUGUCAUUGUAAAGGGAGGUUAUCUGUCAUGUAUGAUAUGUAUUUUUAAUUCAGACAUGUUUUUAACAAAUGUAUUUGCUGAAAUGUAAUCUAUAUGAUAAUGUCCCUCUAAUCACACAGCAUUAGCAUUACUAGUCUGUCUCUACCCGCCAUGCAGAGUAAAAGGCUCUCAACAAAGAACAUGGUCACUUUUAAUCACUUCAGCCAAUCCCUUCAAAGUCAUAUUAUCAAUGAAACACUAUACACUUUACAAUCCAGUGCUUGACUUGGUGCGGAACACACCAAUAGAAACAGUACCGGCACCUACUUCAGUCCAAGUCAUGCACUGCUACUACUUUCCUUAGAAGCUUUUCAUAUAGAUACUGUAUACUGUACUUUUCCUCUGUAAGCCAUUAGUAUCAACCUGUAAGCCUUCAAUCACUUUGGUGCUAUUUUCACAAGCAUGUGGUGAAUUUCCUAAUUUCUAAAUGAGUGUAACCCCCACCCACCCCACCCCCCACCCCCUAUCAAAAAGACCCCAGCAAAUUCAUUUUGGAUUCAUGUUUACUGUAUAGGGCAGGGGUAUUCCACUCUGACCCUGCAAGCCUGCUGGUUUUCUGUUGUACCUGAUCAUUAAGUACACACACCUGGUGUCCCAACCAUUUUAAAAUCUAUAGGUUUACCAAAUUAAGAGAUUAUCAAUUAAGAGUAAAAGGUAAAUGUAUUUUAACAGAUGAGAAGACAAUCGUAUCAAAAGUAAUGUUUGAUGACACCCAAUAGACGAUCUUCUGGCCACAGCCAACAAAUGUUAUAAUUGUGUCUUCCAUCCUAGACAAAAACUCAUAUCUGUUGUCCCAUUAAAUAGAUGUUAAAACAUUUGGAAAUAUAUUUAACAUGACGCAUUAUGUUUGAAAGAAGAAUAACCCUGAGAAGACAUGAAACCAUGCAACAUGGUGAUGUGUUGCUCUUGAGAUGAGUGUUGUAGCCAUGGUAAGUAUGUGAGGAACACUGCAUCCCAAAUGGCAAUCUAUUCCCUAUACUGUAUAGUGCACUAAACACACUGGACACAGAUGUCAGUUUAGCGUCUAAUUGUAACAGUGUCAUUGGAUUCAGGUUAAAAGUUGGAUAAGAAAAGAGCGUUGGUGUAUCUGUUCAACACCAAGCAGUUUUACAUGUUGAGUCGACGUCAUCACAUUAAUUAAUUUGUUGAAAUGGAUUAGAAACAAUGUUGAUUAAAACAGUUUGUGCCCAGUGGGAAGUAGUGCUCCUCUGGUCAGAGGUAGUGCACUAUAUAGGGAAUCAGGUGGCAGUUGGGAUGCAGCCUAGUGCUAACCGAAGUCUCUUACUUGUCAUUCUGUUGUAGAGUUGAUGGGCUUGGUAGGGAACACUUUUUCAUACUCACAUGUUUCUGUGAUCCAUGUCUUCUACUUUUGCCCCCAAAGCAUAACUUGGGCACUCAAUUGUAAAAAUGUGUAAAUGAAUGUUGUAUAGUUGGUACUGUAACAUUAUCCUCACUAACAUAUUUUCGGAAAAUAAAAAAACAACAGUUAAUGUAUUACAUAUAUACAUUCAUCAUAUAGGGUACGGCCAUAUAAAUAUGUUGUGUUCAGAACUUCUGGAUUGAGCAAUGUUUUUUCAUCAUCUGUUGACGAUUGUCGAACAAAAACUGCACAAAUCGUCUAUGUUUUUGCAUAUGCAAAUAAUUGACUUGAGUUUUUGAGCUUUUGAUAGACAAAAACAGACAAUUGAUGAACGCAUAUAUGGUUCCAUCUGCAGUCAUAUGUCUCUGUGUGGCCAUAGUCUUUUGAGUGUUUUUGCCAGUAGAUGGUGCUGAUCAAUCACAAGAAAAUAAACAAAUGCAGGAUG